GAGCUCACAUUUCUCUCCCCCAAAUCACUUUGACCUAAAUGAUUUCACUUCAUCAAACAAAUUAUACAAACUUUACAAUUGAAACAAUCUUCUGAACUGUACUUGGGCUAUAAUGAUUUGGACUGCUGAAGCUUAUCUAAUGUUAUGUGACAUGUUCUGGAAUAUGUGUCUAUCUGUCUCCAUUUUCAGUGCUUGGAGAGGAUGAUUGACAGCUAUCAGAUGAAGGAUGAGGCUCUCAAACUGCAGAGGCCUCAGGACAUGCUCAGGUCAAAUGCAAGGUCAGAUGUUUCUGAGUUACAGAAUAAGCUUCAAACUAUAACAAUAUCGAAAGGCAAGGCUCCCAAUAAAACAGGCCGAACUGAACGAAUAGGACAGAGGGUUAUGCCAGCCAAUUCAGAUUCAGAUGAAGGGCAAAGUGGAAUAUGUGCUAAAGGAAUGACACCAAAGAUCAAAGAGGAAAUCGAUGUGUCUGCCAGAAGGAAAUAAAGUUCAUAGCUGGAAUCCUCUAUCUACCUUUUGCCCUACCUUGUCUCACUGUCUUCUUUAUGACAGCCAAAUAAAAUCAAAUGUGGUCUACACUGA